UCCCCACUCCGCUGCUACUGCUGCUGCUGCUGCUGCUACUGCCGCUGCCGCCCGCCGCCACCGUCGCCCGAGAAGGAUCGGGGUCGGGCCGGGCCGGGAUGGUUGGGGUCGGGAGGCCGCCGCCGCCGCGGGAGAGAGUGGGCCGCCCAGCGCCGCACUGAGCCGCCCCCGCCCCGCCCCGGCCCCGGGGGAUGCGCCGCCCCGUGCCGCUGUCUUCACCGCCGCAGCCGCAGCCGCAGCGGACACCGAGCAGGUAGAUGGACCCCCAAGGGCAGGCCCUGCGGACACCCCUCCCUCCAGCUGGCAGAUGCAGUGCCUAGCGGCUGCUCUUAAGGACGAAACCAACAUGAGUGGGGGAGGGGAGCAGGCCGACAUCCUGCCGGCCAACUACGUGGUCAAAGAUCGCUGGAAGGUGCUGAAAAAGAUCGGGGGUGGGGGCUUUGGUGAGAUCUACGAGGCCAUGGAUCUGCUGACAAGGGAGAAUGUGGCCCUCAAGGUGGAAUCAGCCCAGCAGCCUAAGCAGGUUCUCAAGAUGGAGGUGGCUGUGCUCAAAAAGCUUCAAGGGAAGGACCACGUGUGCAGGUUCAUUGGCUGUGGCCGGAACGAGAAGUUUAACUACGUGGUGAUGCAGCUGCAGGGUCGGAACCUGGCUGACCUGCGCCGCAGCCAGCCGAGGGGUACUUUCACGCUAAGCACUACACUGCGGCUGGGCAAGCAGAUCCUGGAGUCCAUCGAAGCCAUUCACUCCGUGGGCUUCCUGCACCGGGACAUCAAGCCGUCCAACUUUGCCAUGGGCCGGCUGCCUUCCACCUACAGAAAGUGCUACAUGUUGGACUUUGGGCUGGCCCGGCAGUAUACUAACACUACAGGGGACGUCCGGCCCCCUCGGAAUGUGGCCGGGUUCCGGGGGACUGUUCGCUAUGCCUCGGUCAAUGCCCACAAGAACCGGGAGAUGGGCCGCCACGAUGACCUGUGGUCCCUCUUCUACAUGUUGGUGGAGUUUGCAGUGGGCCAGCUACCUUGGAGGAAGAUCAAGGACAAGGAGCAGGUGGGGAUGAUCAAGGAGAAGUACGAACACCGGAUGCUGCUGAAGCACAUGCCCUCGGAGUUCCAUCUCUUUCUGGACCACAUCGCCAGCCUUGACUACUUCACCAAGCCUGAUUACCAGUUGAUCAUGUCGGUGUUUGAGAACAGCAUGAAGGAACGGGGCAUUGCUGAGAAUGAGGCCUUUGACUGGGAGAAGGCAGGCACUGAUACCCUCCUGUCCACAAGCACCUCCACCCCACCCCAGCAGAACACCCGGCAGACAGCAGCCAUGUUCGGAGUGGUCAAUGUGACACCAGUACCAGGGGACCUGCUUCGCGAGAACACUGAGGACGUGCUCCAGGGCGAGCACCUGAGUGACCAGGAGAAUGCACCCCCGAUCCUGCCUGGGAGGCCUCCAGAGGGCUUGGGCCCUGGUCCCCACCUUGUCCCCCACACUGGGGGUCCUGAGGCUGAAGUGUGGGAGGAGACAGAUGUCAACCGCAACAAACUGCGCAUCAACAUCGGCAAAACCCCUUGUGUGGAGGAAGAGCAGAGUCGAGGAGUAGGGGUUCCCAGUUCCCCAGUGCGUGCCCCCCCAGACUCCCCAACAACCCCAGUACGGUCUCUACGCUACCGGAGGGUCAACAGCCCAGAGUCAGAGAGACUAUCUACAGCAGCUGAUGGGCGGGCAGACCUGCAUGAGAGGAGGUCACGGAUGGAUUUGCCUGGGUCACCCUCACGACAGGCCUGCUCCUCACAGCCAGCUCAGAUGUUGUCAGUGGACACAGGCCAUGCGGACAGGCAGGCCAGCGGCCGCAUGGACGUGUCAGCCUCCGUGGAGCAGGAGGCCCUGAGCAACGCCUUCCGCUCGGUGCCGCUGGCUGAGGAGGAAGACUUUGACAGCAAGGAAUGGGUUAUUAUUGACAAAGAGACAGAGCUCAAGGACUUCCCUCCUGGGGCCGAGCCGAGCACGUCAGGUACCACGGAUGAGGAGCCCGAGGAGCUGCGGCCUUUGCCUGAGGAGGGUGAGGAAAGGAGACGCCUAGGGACAGAGCCCACUGUCAGGCCCCGAGGACGUGGCAUGCAGACGCUGGCAGAGGAGGACCUGCGGCAGGUGCUGCCUCAGCCUGCACCACCUCAGCUGAGCCAGGCUGAUGGCCGUUCAGAGACAUCCCAGCCACCCACGCCUGGCAGCCUUUCCCACUCUCCCCUGCACUCGGGACCCCGCCCUCGACGGAGAGAGUCGGACCCCACGGGCCCUCAGAGACAGUUGGAGGAGGACAGACUCUCGGGGCACUCCCUCCCGCGGUACAGCCCCCUGCGACGACUGGCGUCCUCCGUGUUCUCCUCCUCCACGCUGGAGACGGAGCACUACCCUCACCCCGGCGGCGGCGGCUCCUCGGGCUCCUCCGGUUCCCUCAUUCAGCGCAGCCGCUCGGCCGAGAGCAGCCCCGUGCGUGCUCCCCAUCGGCGCCACGCGCCCCUGGCCGCCGGCAACCACAGACUCGUGCCCUCGGUGCUCCGCAUCUCGCGGUCCCAGCUGCAGCAGGUGUUCUCUGUGGCGCCCCCACUUGAGGUGAAUGGACUCCCCCGAGCUGCGCCUCUGGGCUUGCCAUACCAGGACUUCAAGAGAGACCUCUCUGAUUAUCGAGAACGGGCCCGGCUGCUGAACAGGGUCCGGAGGGUGGGCUUCUCGCACAUGCUGCUUACUGCCCCACAAGUCCCCUUGGCUCCCUUUCAGCCUCAGGCCAAUGGAAAGGAGGGAGAAGAGGAGGAGGAGGAAGAAGAAGAGGAGGAGGAAGAAAACGAAGAAGAGGAGGAAGAGGAGGAAGAGGAGGAGGAAGAUGAAGAGGAGGAGGAGGAGGCAGGGGCCCUGGGGGAGGUGCUGGGGCCUCGGAGUGGUUCUAGCAGUGAGGCCAGCGAGCGGAGCACUGAACGGAGCCAGGAGGGGGCCCCAUCCACACUGCUGGCUGAUGAUCAGAAAGAGGCCAGGGGCCGGUCUGUGGCUGAUGGGGACCUGGAGCCCGAGGAGGGCUCCAAAACGCUGGUGCUCGUCUCCCCUGGCGACAUGAAGAAGUCGCCAGUCACUGCCGAACUGGCCCCUGACCCUGAUCUGGGCACCUUGGCCGCGCUCACCCCUCAGCAGGAGCAGCCCCAGCCUACUGGAAGUCAGCUGGAUGUAUCGGAGCCGGGCACCCUGUCCUCUAUCCUCAAGUCUGAACCCAAGCCCUCAGGACCUGGAGCAGGGCUUGGGGUUGGGCCAGUGGCCACUGGUGGGGCGGUGGCAGUCACCUCCUCACCCUUCACCAAAGUCGAGAGGACCUUUGUUCACAUUGCGGAGAAAUCCCACCUCAAUGUCAUGUCUUCCGGAGGACAGGCCUCCAGGCCAGACGAGUUCAGCACUGGGGGUGAGCUGGGCCUGGAGAUACUCUCUGAGGGGGCCACUGCAGAGGAGGGGGCCCCAGUGCCUCUGGAGAAUGGCCUGGCUUUGUCAGGGCUGGAUGGAACUGAGACAGAGAGUUGUGUCCUGUCUGGCUUUCCGGGGGAAACACCCUCAGAAGUAGUCACAGACUCGUUGCCCAAUGGCGCAGCCCUUGCUGAGGGGCCAGCUCCAGCAUCCCCACUGGAGCCACUCACCAAGAAAGGGACCACUGUCUCCCCCAGCCGCCAUGCUAUGCCAGGUUCUCGCCCCAGGAGCCGCAUUCCUGUCUUGUUGUCUGAAGAGGACACAGGCUCGGAGCCUUCGGGCUCCCUGUCGGCCAAAGAGCGGUGGAGCAAGAGGGCCAGGCCCCAGCAGGACCUGGCACGGCUGGUGAUGGAGAAGAGGCAGGGUCGCCUGUUGCUGAGGCUGGCCUCAGGAGCCUCGUCCUCCUCUAGCGAGGAGCAGCGCCGUGCCUCUGAGACACUCUCUGGCACCGGCUCUGAGGAGGAUACACCUGCCUCAGAGCCCACGGCAGCCUUGCCUAGGAAGGCUGGGCGGGCAGUGACCACCCGGAGCCGGAUUCCACGCCCCAUCGGUGUGCCCACGCCUGUGGAAGGGCAGCAGCUUCCUGGCAGACCCCAUGGUGCGGCCUCAGCGGCUGACGUGGCCAUUACCAGCAGCAGGCUCCAGCUACAGAAGCCCUCAGGGUCGGCCACUGCUGCUGACCUCCGUCCCAAAUACUCCGCGAGCCGGGGUCCCGGUCCAGUUCGCACCCAAGUCUCCAAGCCUGCAGCGCCCCGCAGUCCCGGCCUCCCCGCCUCCACCUCGCGCAACCCCAGCGGGUCCCCGCGGAGCCAGUCCCUGCCCCGCAAAGAGAGCUCCUCUCCGUCGCAUCAAGCUCGGCCCAGCGCCCCUCCCUCUCGGGGGGUCCUCCAGUCCAGAUCUCAGCCCGAGGCCUCCCCAGGGGCCCCCAAGAAAGGACCCAGAGGGAAACAACUGCAGACUCAGCGCGCAGCAACCAAAGGCCGGGCGGCAGUCUCGGAGGGUAGGCCCGGGAACAGAUAAUGACACGGGCCUGCGGCUCUCUGCGGCGCCCCCUACCCUCACCCCGGUCCCCACCCGCAGCUGGCCACACUGGAGCAGCUUCCAGCACAGCCUUACGCGCCCGCGCGCCACCGCGGCCCCAGCUUCCCGCCUGCACUCGCCAGGACGCACGUGAGCACGCGUGGCGCCCUGCAGCCCAGCCAGCCCACUGACCCCGGAGGGUGCGUGUCUCGGUUCGUCUCUCUGCGUCCUCCCUCCCUCCUACCGCCCCACUGCAGGGACAGGCUCACAGCAGAUCCUCUGCCCCGGGAAGGCUCAGCACUUAUCGCCUGAAGACUCAGCUUUUAGGGCCUGUCCCCUUCUCCCACCAGGUCUUGGCUGAUCUCUAUGCCCCCCACCCAAGGGGCUUACAUCUGCUUACACCUCUUGUGGCCCACCUUUCCUCAUCCCCGUCUUCUUCAGCCUCCAACCCUACCCAACAGGAGCAACAGCCUCAAAUUCCAGAAGUGUGAGGUCUCUGGACCGCCUACGGUCUCCUAGGAGCCAUGGUGGCCAUGAAAGGCCAAGCUGGGAUUGGGAAAGUGGAAGUCAGAGGUCGUUGGCUUAUUUAGGUUUAAGGGGACACCUCUAGUCGGGCUAAAGUCAGCUCUAUGAGAGGCACAGGUCGUAUGAUUCUCGAGAGGGGCUGCUGCCUGGGUCUCUCGACCUUUGCUGAAUAGGAAUGAAUGGGACCUCUGGAAGUUUGCCUCCCUGUGAGUGUUUCCCAGUGGGAGUUUGGAACGGGGCUUUACGGUUACAUGCUCUCGGGUCCUCUGGUUCUCAGGACCCCUUGCCAUCAGGAAUUCCUUCCUCUGUCUAACCUCAGCUUCACUGAGCUCUCCUCUCAGAAUCCCACGCAGGUGGGGUGGCUGCUUAUCACCUUCUGUGUGUUGAUCAUCUGAAGAUUCAGGGACUCUGUCUGGUCACCCUGCCAUCUCUGCUGUGGGCAGUGGGCUGGCUCAGGCAUCCUCCCCCUACACAGCAGAGGAAGCAGGAUGAGGCAGACUGGCUCCCGGAGGCAGAAGGCCCUUCUCACUUUAGAUUGUGUGUGAUGCUAACUGGUGCCCACCCCCACCCCACCCCAGUUCACCCUGGGCCCCUCUUGCUCUGAGCCAGCCCACACAGCUGAGCUGCUCUGAGCCUGACAUGGGGCCUCCUUCUGCAUGUUGGCUUCUGCACAGCUCGCCCGCCCACCUCAUCAGGAGCCUGCUAACAUCUGGGGCAAGCAGUACCCUUACUGCAGAAGGGACAGGCAGCCCCUCCUGUCUGGGACAGGGACUGCCUGCAGGCCUCCUGUAAAGCACCCACAGCCUCUAUCCCCUGUUCUGGUCCUCCUGUCCUUCCCUGAGCCACAGAGAGCAAACCAAGGCAUUCAGGAGAAAGAGAGGCCUCAGAGGACCAGCGGUCUGGCCACGUCUACACCCAAGAUGACCUCAUGGAGUUCUGAGGGUCUGGGCAGUUGCUUCUGUGCCAAGAAGGCUGCUCUGCAGACCAGUCUGGGGAGGACACCAGGGUGGAUAGUCUUUGUGGUCUAUCCCACACUGAUGUAGAAGCUCCCAGAACACUCAGGAAACCUCUCUGGAUUCAGUUAUCUUUGUCACCCCGAGGCCCCCUCUAGUCGUCCUCUAGCCCAGCAGAGGAGUAGAGGGUUCACUUCCUCCUACCCAGGGCUUCUAUGAAUGACAAUCAGCUCAUGCCAGGUGGGGACCAGGGCAUGACCCUUGGUGCCCAGGUCCUGGGCCUGCUCCUUGCCACCAACCGAACCGUGAAUGUAGGGCUCCCCACAGUCUCACUUCUGCUGGAGGGCCGACAACACCCUGGCUUGGAGAUGGGAGGAAAGGGAGGCCUGAGAAAGCCCCAGGCUCACCCCACCCCCAGCUUCACCCAGCGAUCAAGCUGGUGCAGAGGCAAAAUCCAGUCUACCCUUGGGAUUCCAGACCCCCACAAGGCUCCACUCAACCUCAGGCCUCCAGUCUACCCUUGGGAUUCCAGACCCCUACAGGACUCCACCCAACCUCAGGCCUCUGAGUCAAUAGUAUCAUCAGGAGGAAUGAGGGACAGAGGACCAGCAGAGGUGGGUGGUGAGGGGACUAAGUGCUUCUCCCAGGAAGGAACCAGGGCAGAGGAAGCCAAUGUCCCGCCCCCAGCUGAAGCCUGUUCUUUGAGAAUCAUCCACCCUGCAGUAGGCCCUUCAGGCUCCUACCCAUCCUCUCUGAUAGUGUCAAGCGACCACCACCAUCCCUUAUGUCCCCAUCCUGACUGCUUAAGUCACUGGCUCAGAUGUGGGGUGUAUUCACCUUAAUGCGCCUUCCCUCCCCAGCCGUACCAUGUGCAGAGGGGUACAGGAGAAGGGCCCUGCCCCAGGCACAUGGCUCUCUGGCUUUCCAGCUCCUCCUGAGGGGCCUGGCUUGCUCAGUCUCCUGAGCCCCUUGGGCAUAUGUUGGGGCACAGGGAGUUGCCCUCCCCCUCCCUGGGAAGCAACAGAAGAAUGUUUACAUGCCAAACAGAAUGUACCAGUCCUUGGCCACCCCUCCCAGUCAUUGCAUGGCCUCCGCCCACCCUGUGCCCGCCCACUCCCCUGACAUCAACGCCUUGGAAGUCGCUGUCAUAACUAGGUGGGGGUCUCGAAAGGGAAGUAGCCAUUACACCAUUAAAAAGCCUGUGGACCUUUUUGUUGGUCUGGACUCUUUUUCGCUUUAGGAAGGGCAGGGCAAAGCCCAGCCCCUGAGGGCGGGGGUGGGCAGGAGAGAAACUGUCGGAUGGUGCCAAGUGGGCAGAGAUGUCAUCUCCACAGAGAAGGAAACAGAAGUGUAGGUCUGGUAUACAUAAUGUGUUCAGAGUCUCACAGAAGGAAGAGCUAUCCUGGCAAAGCUUGCACUCGGCUCCUUGGCUGUCUUUGCUGAAGGCUGUAGACUCCAUUUGGGCUGGCACAGAGAGAAGAGAGAAGCAAAGCUAUCAUUGCCCUAGAAGAAGCAGAUUGAAGUGAGCUUCUGGAGAGGCAGAAGGUGUAGCGGCUCACAGGCAACAAACACCAUAGCAAAACCCGCCCUGACCAAUGCCUGUGACUCGGCCUCUGCCCGUCUGCAAGUUUAUCCUACAGGUACACUCGCAAAACGACACACGUCCAAAGUCACCCACCAUGUCUGCAGAGCCUUGUCUACGCAUCUGAAACCCAAGAAGAGAAAACAGUGGGUUGGGUGGUACAUGCUCGCUUGGUAUCAACGCCCAACGGAGAAGCCAGGCUCGGUGGCCUUCGCCUUAGGUGUCAAGGCCCAACAGAGAAUCCAGGCAUGGUGGCCUCAGACCUGUAAUCCCAGUAGCCACAGGACCCAAAAGCAGGGGGAUUUUUUGAAAGUUCAAGGUCAGCCUUGACCACACAGUAAGUUCCAAGCCAGCCUAGGGUAAAUGCAAGACUGUCUCAAGAAAAAAAAAAAAGAAAAAAAAAAGAAACCAAAAGCCAUGGCAAGCUGUUUAC